GAAACUACAACUACCAAAGGACAACGGAGUCCUGGGCGGUUUUUCCUUUCCAUCGCGUUAAACUUCUCGGUUAGAUUCUGAGGGAUCAGCUCUACUGGCCGUCAAGUACAGCACUGCUCAAGUCUGAUUCAGCUGGUGAUGACAUGGGAGGCAACCAGUCCGUGGGCUUUCCGCCUGUAACAGGACCCCACCAUGUAGGCUGCGGGGAUGUGAUGGAGGGUCAGAGUAUCCAGGGGAGCUUCUUUCGACUCUUCUACCCCUGCCAAGAGGCAGAGGAAACCACGGAGCAGCCCUUGUGGAUUCCCCGCUAUGAGUACUGCGCUGGCCUGGCCGAGUACCUGCAGUUUAAUAAACACUGGGGGGGCUUGCUGUUCAACCUGGCUGUGGGAUCUUGUCGCCUGCCUGUCAGCUGGAAUGGCCCCUUUAAGACAAAAGACUCUGGAUACCCCUUGGUCAUCUUCUCUCAUGGCCUAGGAGCCUUCAGGACACUGUAUUCAGCCUUCUGCAUGGAGCUGGCCUCCCGUGGCUUUGUGGUAGCUGUGUCAGAGCACAGGGACCAGUCAGCUGCAGCCACCUAUUUCUGCAAGAAGGCUUCAGAGGAGAACGAGACCACCAGUGACUCUCUGGAGGAAGAAUGGAUUCCAUAUCAUCAAAUUAAGGAAGGGGAGAAGGAAUUCCACAUUCGGAAUCCCCAGGUGCAUCAGAGGAUGAGUGAGUGUGUACAAGUGUUGAAAAUCCUACAAGAGGUCACUGCUGGGCAGACUGUCCUCAACAUCUUGCCUGGUGGAUUGGAUCUGAAGACCUUCAAGGGCAGCAUUGACAUGAGCCGUGUGGCUGUGAUGGGACAUUCCUUUGGAGGGGCCACAGCUAUUCUGGCUUUGGCCAAGGAAACCCAGUUUCGGUGUGCCGUGGCUCUGGAUGCUUGGAUGUUUCCUCUGGAACGUGACUUUUACCCCAGUGCCCGAGGCCCUGUAUUCUUCAUCAAUACUGAGAAAUUCCAGACAGUGGAGAGUAUCAAUUUGAUGAAGAAGAUAUGUACUCAUCAUGAACAAUCUAAGAUCAUAACUGUCCUUGGUUCUGUUCAUCGGAGUCAAACUGACUUUGCCUUUGUGACAAGCAGUUUGAUUGGUAGAUUCUUCUCCUCUCAAACCCGUGGGAGCUUGGACCCCUAUGAAGGUCAGGAGAUCGUAGUACGGGCCAUGUUGGCCUUCCUGCAGAAGCACCUCGACCUGAAGGAGGACUAUGAUCAAUGGAACAACUUCAUUGAAGGCAUUGGACCGUCACUCACCCCUGGGGCCCCACACCAUCUGUCUAGCCUGUAG